AUGAGUUCCCCUGCUAUUGUAUCCUUAUUGGAUACCGAUUUGUACAAGCUGACUAUGCAUGCAGCUGUGUUUUCCAACUUCCCUGAGGCCAAUGUGGUUUACAAAUAUACCAAUAGAUCGUCCCAAUUUUUGUUUAAUCAAAAUGCUAUAGACUGGAUACGUGAACAGUUGGAAUUAAUGGGAAACUUAAGAUUUACUGAAGAUGAAAUUUCUUAUUUGAAGAAAGCAGUUCCAUACCUUCCGCAAAACUAUCUAGAUUUUCUCAGAGGAUUUCAACUGAGACCUAAGGAUCAAGUCAUUUUUACCUCUGAAAGGUCCUCUGAUGCUUCCGACAGAUUUAGUUUAGAUCUUCUAGUCAAGGGUAAAUGGAGCGAAACGAUUCUCUAUGAAAUUCCUAUACUUUCAAUCGUUUCAGAGGCUUAUUUCAAAUUUGUUGAUGAUGAUUGGGACUAUACAGGACAAAUGAAGCAAGCCAAAGAUAAGGCAGAUGAACUUUUCCAGAAUCAAAUUUCCUUUAGUGAAUUUGGUACAAGGCGUCGUAGAUCAAGCAAAGCGCAAAACAUAGUCAUGGAAGGUAUUUUACAAUCGAUACAAGAAUCACCUGAAGAGCGUCAUAAACUGUUCUUGGGUACUUCGAAUGUUAUGUUUGCCAAGAAAUAUGGUGUUAAGCCUGUAGGAACCGUAGCACAUGAAUGGGUUAUGGGUAUUGCAGCAAUUACUGAUGAUUAUGUGCAUGCAAAUAAGAAUUCAAUGGAUUAUUGGAUUAAUACGUUCGGGCCUGAGAAUGCAGGAUUAGCCCUAACAGAUACUUUUGGAUCUGAUAAUUUCUUAGAGAGUUUUAAACCACCAUAUUCAGAUCACUAUGUUGGUGUAAGACAAGAUUCGGGUGAUCCUAUUGAAUAUGCUGAAAAAAUCUCCAAACACUACCAUGAUAAGUUGAAAUUACCAAAAUUCAGUAAAUCAAUCUGUUUCUCGGACUCUUUAAACGUCAAAAAAGUAUUAAAUUACUCUGAUGCCUCUCUGAAAAUGGGAUUAAAACCAACAUUUGGAAUUGGUACGAAUUUUACCAAUGACUUCCGUAAGAAAUCCGAUCCUGCUACCAAAAGCGAGCCAUUGAAUAUUGUCAUUAAACUAUUGGAAGUCAAUGGUAAUCAUGCCGUCAAGAUUUCUGAUAACUUGGGCAAGAACAUGGGUGAUCCUGCAGUUGUAGAAAGAGUUAAAAAGGAACUGGGAUACAUUGAACGGUCCUGGGAAGGCGGUGAUGAAGCUCACAGAUGGUCAAACUAA